ACAUUAAAAGUGGUAGCUUUGGUGUGGGACUGCUGAUUGGAAGGUUGUCCCAGGCCAACCAAUUUGUCACUGCUGGGCCCCUGAGCAAGGCCCUUAACCCUCAAUAGCUCAGUUGUAUAAAAAAAUGAGAUAAGAAUGUAAGUUGCUCUGAAUAAGGCUGUCUGCUAAAUGCCAGAAAUGUAAAUGUACAUUUAGGGUUAGCUGUGAAGUACUUUCAAGGGGCAAUCAUCAUGUAAUGUAUGUCACUAAUAAACAAGGCUGCGGUGUGGCCUCAAUAGCAUAUUUUUCAUAAUCAAGUCUUGUCCUCGUAGAUUCUACACAUCUCUGGACCCUUACAGUACAGAAAAGACACUCUGUUAGAACACGUCUGGCUGAAAUUUGUCACAUAAGCUUCAUUCAGUCUUCAUCUGUCCAGUUUUGGUGAAGCUGGAUCCAAUAGACAGAAGUCCAUCAAAGUCCAAUAAGCAGAUGGUUGAUGUGAACAUUAACUGAAGCUCUGCAUGAUUUUAUUUUGUACAUGGAUAGCUGGAUAGUUUCGAUGAAAGUGGACACUGGGGUUAGUUUCACCCUUGUUUUUUUUUUUUAAAUAAAUGUUUGCUUAUAGUCUUAUAUAUUGCCACACCUAAAAGUGUACUACCUGUGACUUUUAUCAAACGAUUAAGUAAGUGAUGGUGAAAGUACAGUCUGUUCGCACACAGAAAUAGCGAGCAUGAUGGAUUAGCUAUAGAAAUCGUCACGUGCAUGAUGCCAAAUGUGCAUGUGCAGCAUUCCAGCUUAGCUUUUGAUUGGUUCCUGGUCCAGUCAUCCAAAACAAUAUAAGGCAGCUGCUCCUAAAACCCAACCGACUGCAAGAAAAGAGCACGUCCGUUGUCCACCAAACUGAAGACACCCUCGUAACAGGCUUCAAGAUGAGAGCAGCUCUUUCUACCAUCGCUUUUUUGCUUGCCUUUGAAUUUUGCCUCAGCAGCAGUUCACCUCCUGCUCCAGUGGGCACUUGUUUGAUUAUCGGUGACCCUCAUUACAGCACGUUUGAUGGCAGUUACUACAGCUUCAUGGGAAACUGCACCUACAUUGUCGCUAAAAACUGCCACGUGGACGGCGACCAUCCGGCAUUUCAGAUCAACACCAAGAACGAACGCAACGGCAACACGCAAAAUACACUGGUUUCUGCGGUCACUAUCUUAGUGUACGGCAACACCGUCACCUUCAACCGCAUGGAGAACGGGCUUGUCAAGAUUAAUGAUUCAUUCUGGAACUUACCGGUGGUUCUGAACAACGGUGGUGUGAAAAUCAAAGCCAGUAGCCUUUCAGUGACCAUGCAGACAGAUUUUGGCCUGUCCAUUCAGUAUGACUGGGAUCAAUACUUGGUAGUGACAGUCCCUGAGAGCUUUAAGGGAAGGAUGUGUGGUAUGUGUGGGAACUUCAACGGAAAGAAGGAAGAUGACCUCACGACUCCCAGUGGCAGUGUAGCAGGCAAUAUUCCAGAUCUGGGAAAGAGCUGGAGAGUAUCCGGCGUGCCAGGAGAAGCUUUCUGUCAUGAUUCGUGUCCAGGGCAGUGUCAGAGUUGUGAGGGUGUUUCAUGGUUUACGCGCAUGAAUGCAAAGAUUGCCUGUAGCAUCGUAACAUAUCUCACUAAAGGACCUUUCCAAAGCUGCAAGAGUGUCAUUGACCCCAACGUCUUCUAUGAGAACUGUCUAUUCGACUACUGCACUGGCAAAGAUAUCAGCAAUUUCUUAUGUCAGACUGCUGAGAUAUACACGGAUGCCUGUAGGCAAGCUGGUGUACAUGUUUAUGACUGGAGAGGCUUCCUUAAGUGCCCUACCCCUAAAUGCCCAGCUAACAGCCACUUUGAGUCCUGUGCCUGUCCUGCUACCUGUGAGAAUCCCACUCCUUCUGCUGCAUGUAAAGCAAACUGUGUAGAAGCUUGCACUUGUAAUGAGGGAUACUUGUGGAGUGGAAACAAGUGUGUUCCCAAGAAUCAGUGUGGCUGUGUGUACAAAAGUGUUGGUGAGGAACGUUACCUACAGGCUGGAGAAUCCAUCUGGGCUGAUACAAGUUGCACCAAAAAAUGCACCUGCAAUUCAAAUAAUGGUCACGUCACUUGUGAAAACCAAAGCUGUCCACUCGGAACUGAAUGCACGGUCGUUAGAGGAACAAGAGGCUGCCAGAAAGUACCGCAAGCCACCUGUAAUAUCUACGGAGAUCCUCACUACAACACCUUCGAUAACAGCACCUACGACUUCCAGGGCACUUGUACGUACACUGCGGCUAAGGGUUGCCACCUGGACGGAACAAAACUCACACCGUUUUCAGUUGUAGUGGAGAAUGAGAAAUGGACUGAAAUCCAAGCCACUCCAAAUGUCUCCAUGGCCAAGGUGGUCGUUGUGGAGGUCUACGGCUUGACCAUAAUCCUGAGAAGAAAUCAACUACAUCAGGUCAUGAUCAAUGGUGUCUUAACCAACAUCCCUGUAAAUCUCAAUGACGGUGAAGUGAUCGUCCAGCAGGAGGGCUAUCAUAAUGUCAUUCUGACAAACUUUGGACUAAGAGUGGCCUAUGACAUGGUUUAUCAAGUUCUCAUCACAGUCCCUGGCAUAUAUGCAGGAAAGACCUGUGGCAUGUGUGGAAACUUUAACGGUAAUAAGAACGACGAGCUCCUGCUGCCAGAUGGGAAAGCGGUAGAAAAAUCAGAUAUAAAAACAUUUGGAGCGGCUUGGAAAGUGGCUGUCCCCGGCGUGGUGUGUGAUGACGGCUGCAGUGGUGAUUACUGUCCAAAAUGCCCUCAAAAAGAGAAAGCUGUAUUCGAAAAGGACUGCAGUAUUAUUAUUGACCCUAAAGGACCAUUCGCUCCAUGUCACACUGUAAUUGACCCUGAAUCCUACUUCAGAGACUGUGUUUUUGACGUCUGUAUGAGCGAGGGAGAUCAGCAUAUGCUGUGCCACAGUGUCGCUGCGUACAUGAGCGACUGCCAGAACUUCGGAGUCAAGGUUAACAACUGGAGAACGUCAACAUUCUGUCCCUUAUCCUGUCCUCCCAACACUGUGUACGAAAUCUGUGCAAAAGCAUGUAACACACCUUGUCCUGGCCUUUCUGGUGUAAUGAAGUGUGAUAUUCAGACCUGUGCUGAAGGCUGCAUGUGUAAACCUGGAUUCUUCUACAAUGGGACAGGCUGCAUUCCAGCAGAUCAGUGCGGCUGUUACGAGAAUGGACGCACCUAUAAGAUUGGUGAGACCAUCAUCACAGAAAACUGUCAGGAGAAACUGACCUGUCUUGCAUCUGGCAAAUUAAAUAAAGAAAGCAUCAGCUGUAAAAGCAGUGAGGCCUGCAGCAUUCAGAAGGGCAUUCGCGGAUGCUACCCAAGGCAGUGCCUGCUGAAGGCAGAAUCCUUCAACCUUUUCAGUGGAGAAAUUCUAGGCCUCAUGUCUGUCGGAGCCUACGAGUUAGUGAAAGUGUGUGACAAUGGUCUUGAAGCCGAAUGGUUCCGAGUGGUGGUUGAAGUGGGAACUUUCGGGAAUCUGAAGAGCAUUGUGGCUGUGUACGUCUACUUUGAAGAGGUCUUCAUUACCGUCACCAGCAACCAGGACACUUGGAUCAAUGGAAAAGCUAUCACUCUGCCACAGCAGCUGAAGAAUGAGGUGACCAUCCAGUUGACUGAAGGCACGCUCAUUAUCGAAAAGAAGAACAGCUUGAAAGUCUCUUUGAGCCUCUUACUUGAGCUUGUAGUGAUCGUGAACGAUGAAAUGGCGCCGAAGGUGUGCGGUGCCUGCGGAAGUGAUGAUAAAGUAUUCGAUGUCCAGCGUCAAGACGCUCAGGAGUACUGGGCUUUCUGGAGAGCGCUUGACUUUCCAAAUGCCCUUUGUUAAAACCCAGUUUGAUCUGAUGACAAGGUGAUUGGCAUUGCUUUGAUUUAGAACACUGGCUUUAAGGAGUAGGAAGCAUCUCACAAUAAGACCCUGUUUACACCUGGCUAUAAACAUGUGUUUAGAGUGAUCAGAUCAGCUUAAUGUCCAUUAAGGCUUGGAAUGACUUCAGUCCAAAAACAACCCUCAAACUUCCUAUUAUAAAGACAAAUUAGUGUAUAUAUUACUCCAAAUGAGGGCAAUUUCCUGAUUAAACAUGAGACUGCAUGGAAUUGAGCAGCUAUUACAAUACACCAGGAUGUUAUACCAAAAUAAUGAUCUUACACAUGGAGUAUAUUGUCAACACAAAUAAUGAUGAAAAUAAGUGUAAAGCGGCGAACAUUAUGAAGUAGGCUGUGUGUGAGAGGAGAGGAAGCUCCAUGAUCUGAUCACCAGGACACCACAUGCUGAUACACAGUGUAAACAGGGCCUUACACAUUAAGCCUCGUUCAGAUUCUUUCACUAAAAUAGAACGCUUUACAGAUAAUAAUGCAAUCUUGAACGAUUUAGAGAAUUAAAGCAAAUCUUUUUCGCUUCAAUUAAGAUCCAAAUCCAGUAGAUUUUGCACGGUAAUGCUGAAACACACACACUUUACUCUCUGGUUAUUUGAUUGAACUAUUUUUACUGACACCGUACUUUCCAAAUAAAGGUUUU